UUGUGGCUGAACCGCAGGUGCAGCAAGUACAAGAAGUGAAAGACAGUUCUCAUCUGAUGAAUGGUUCUAUAUCUCAAACCACUUCUCAGACAAGUUCCAUCCCACCUUUGAAUCAGAGGUUGUCUUAUGAACCAAGGACAAAGGCCAAAUUACUUAAGGUAUAUCUCAGAGUACUAUAGAACAUGUUUGCAAUUGUUAUCAUCAUUAUUCGCUUUAGUUUCAGUACCUGAAUUUAAGUGCGUUCAGAAGUGUUCCUAUUAUCUUCAUGUUUAAUUAAGUAGAAUUCUUAAACUUAUUUCACCAUAAAAUAUUAAUGUUUUGUAAAACAUUAAUAGAAGACCAGCUAUAAUUUGUGAAUUAAAGUAAACAGCAAAAUAUCUCACAGAGGAGUUAAUAGAAUUAUUUUGUUUUUUAAAUAUAUCAGAAUCAGAACCAUAAUAAGAAAAACAAUCACUUAUACUAAGAAUAAAGCAUUACAAAUGUUCAAAUAAGACACAUAACCGUGAAUCAGCUGUCAUGGACUAAAUAGUGUAGGAGCGAUAAGGUUAUCACCAGACAGAUUAAAUGCUGUGCAUUCAUGCUUCAAGUGCUUUUGAGUGACUUCCUAGUAUUUGUACUGGUGGGCAUAGAUUUUUUUCCAUUCUCUCUCUUUUUUUUCUUUCUUUAUUGGAAUUUUCAGACAUCUAUGGAAGUAGAAUAAUAAUGAACCCCAUCAUGAACUUCAGCAAUUUCCCACCCUCACAUUUUGUUACUCUUAUUUCAUCUUUUCCUCCUCCCUGUACACACACUUUUAAAAUAUUUUAUGUAUGUAUAUAUGUAUGUAUUUAUUUGCUGGAGUAGUUUAUAGCAAAUCUUAGACAUUUCACAUUUUACCCGUAAAUACUUCAAUAUGCAUUUCUAAUUGAUACAUUCAAUAAAAUUAGCAAUAAAUUUUUUUUUUAAAUACCCAUAGACAUUUUUUAAAGGCAGAAAAUGAAGACUGUUGAGUGAAUCACCAUGAAAAGCCAGAAUUCUGAGUUGUUUUCUUCUGACUGGAAUAAUAAUUUUUUUAUUUUGCACGUAUGAGAAUAAGAAAAAAUAAUAUGCACUUUUUUGUUUGCAGUCUUUCGAUUCCAUGUGCUGUUUGAUUUAAGCACAUGGAGCAUAUAUGGUUGUUAUGCAGUGAUCUUUUGUAAUUGGGAUUUUGAAUUUGAGUGGCAGUGACAUGUGACUGCUCUGCAAGUGGUUAUUUUUGGUAUCUGGGUGUUGGCUUCCCCUCAGAAACCAUAGAAAGUUAGUUUGAGGUGGAUUUUUGAAGACUCUGAAAACGACAAGCAGGGUAAUGUGAGUUUUUGAACUUUUGAACAUGGGUUGUUGCUUCAGCAAAGAAUUUAGUGACAAUGAGGAUGAAAGAACUGGCCUGUUACAAAAAUCUGUGGAGGAGAACAAGUCAGAGAACAAGAUAAGUAAAACUUUAUCUUCAUUAUUUGAUACCCUUGAAGUUAAGGAGCUUCACAAUGUUGAAAAUGUAGCCAGUAGGACAGCUGCUGGUGUUAAUAUGUGGACUAGAAUAUCUGAGCAAUUCGGGCACAAACAGGGUCAUAGAUCAAAGCAAUCACUUUACUUUAUUUCCUCUUCAAUGUAUAAGUUCUUAACUAGGUAUGAAAAUUUAGAUGAGGGUGACAAGAAUUCAGAUUUUGCUGCUAGUGAGCAGAAUUCUGAAAACGGCUGUGAUAUACCACGUGUGAGUAAUGACAGUAAACCGGACUUAUCUGAAGAUCUUUAUUCUGAAGAUCAUGUGUCUCUUUCAUGUAUACUGGUGCCUUCUUACCAGAGCGUACAGGAAAAAACUAUUUUAAAUAACCAUCUGUGCUAUUAUCCAGUCACUUGUAAAAACUUAUUAACAGAGAAAGACAUAAUGGUAAAUGUUGAAAUCAGCGGUAAUGAUGAGAAUAACUCUUUAGGUAUGUCUGAUACAGAGGUGAAAGAUGAAAAACCUAUUUGUAUUGAUAAUAAGCAAUGUAAGAACUCAAGAGAGAGCAAGUUUUCUAGUAUUUAUGUUAUAGAUCCUGAUUGUCUGAAAAUUGAAAAUGAAAUGUGCACUCCCAUGUUUGGAGCAACUGCAAUAGAAGAAUGUCAUUCAGCUGUUAUCUCUGAGGGAAUUAGCAAACUGAAAUGGCCUCUAGAUAAUGGGAAAGAAUUUUUAGUCUCCCACGCUUUACAAGGGGCAGGAGAAUUAAAGGCACACCAGAAAGAACUGCCACCACAGAACAUGCUAGAUCCAAAUGAAAUAAAGGAAUUAUGUAGUGAGAAAAUGAAAUCUAGUUCUGAAUUCUUGACCAAUAAUGACCCACCUUAUAAAGUAAAUAAUGAUAGCAUGCAGGCUGAUUUUUUAAGGGCAAAAGUUGACACUGAAUUUCCUAAAGAUUACACAGAAAGUUGUACAUUACGUAAUAUUGGCACACUAUGUGAAUUAAAUAUUAACACAGGCAGUGACUCAUUAAAAUGUUUGUGUGCCAUCCCAGAAGAGAAAGAGAGCCAUAGUUCAGAUAUAGUAAAUCAAAUGAAUGAUUCACCUAUUAAUUUACUUAAUGACACUACAUACGUUGAAAGAAAUGAUGAAUGUGAGGCUGUAACAGUUAGUGCAGAUGAGAGUUUAAACUCUCAAAAGGAAAGAGAAAAUAACUCUGUAAAACCAUUAAAAGACAAAGAUCAUUUCAGUUUAGAUGUUAGCAGAGCAGACAGUGUCUGUCUAGAUAGAAUUAAUUUAAGUCUAAAAAAAGAUAUCACUUUGGUGAGCUUUGAAAAUGAAUGUCUUCUGGUUCAUUCUAAUUUCAGAGAAGCAGCAGCUAAACUACUUGAUGAGGACAGUGAACCUAAACACCUCAUAGGUUCAACAGUGAUCAACAGUGAUCAAUACCUAGAUGAUAGCGGCUUGGAAACUGGAAAUCUCUACCUCACAAACAAAGGCAAAUUAUCUUUGCAAUCUGAAAAUAGUUCAUCUGAUCAAAGUAAAUGUAAAUUUAACAUUUUGGAAGAUGAUGGGCCUGCUAAGAGGGCUAAUGAAUUGAAAUCUUCAUGUCAAGUAGAUACAUGUGCAGAUACUAGGGCAAAUAAGGUUCAGGCACAAACCUGUAAUAUAGCUUGUGUGGUAUGUGAAACAAACACAGAUGGAAUAAUCCAAAGAAUAAACAACCCAAAACUUAAAACUUCACAAGAAAUGCUGCCAAAUCGCAAGUCUCUUGAUCAUUCCAAAUCUUUUAUGAGUAACUCUGUUUCCUCUGCAUUUAUUUUCACUUGUGCUGUUGAAGAAGGUGAAAUAGGCCUGAGUUAUAAAACAGAAGAUGAAAUAUGUGUUAAGAAUUCAUCCAGUGUGUUACACAAUCAACUAAGUGACCCUCCCCGAUUAGAAGCUACUGAAAAAGAAUCACUAAAAGCUCAAAUAUUAGAAGCUGAUCAUAGAGAGGCAAGUAAAAAUGAGAUAGAAAAUGUCAGGUCAGAUUCUAAAACAGUAUUUGACUGGGAAACACUUAUCCUAAAAUGCAAGGAAGUGCCCAGUCAGAAUGUACCUACAUUUACUUGCGUUAGUUCUAAAAUAAAAAAAAACUCUGAUUAUGAAACAAAUCAAAUGGAAAAAAAUUGUGAAACCUAUAGGGUGAAUGACUACAAACAUGAAGACCUUACUAUUUUACCACCUUUAAGCCGAAGCUCAAAUUCAGGUAUACAGGAGUUAGAAGUAGAAGAGAGUAAGUGUAUUAACAGUGGUGAAAAUCCAGUGCUGAAACAAAUUUACUCUGAAUCAGCUGAAGGAAUUUCUGAUGCCUUUGGUAACAAUGUAUCAGGAUUGAGUACACCAACACUACCAAGUGAAGAAGAGGAAGAGGGAUUUAAUUUGAAGGAGUACAAUAUUGAUCCUAAUGUUACUGACUGCUUAGUUCCAUGUGGAACAGAUGAACAUGCAUACCAUUUCAAAGAAAGAAAUGCCAUGUGCACCACUCAAGAAUCUACUUUGAAUACUGAAAGGGAUUUUGUGGGAAAUUCAAAAGUGAUUUUUGAAAAACUACAGCUAUGUGACACUUUUGAUGGUUAUUCCUAUUUGGUUGGUGUUGAUACUACCCAAAUGGACAGAUGUACAGCUACUCCUUAUGAUAUACCUCAGGUAAUUCCUGUCAUCCCAAUUGAUGGCAAUGAAAUAGUACCAAGUAGUGAGAAUCAUGUUUUAUCACUCACAGAAGGUACUUUUAAUAUAUCUGAAAAUCCCUCAAAAGUAGAUUUACAGAAUUUUCCAGAGGAAUUCUACUCCCAGUGUUUGAAUGAACUUUCCUAUUACCCGACUGAAGGGUUAGCAAGUCAGAUAUUUUCUGAAAGACUGGCAAAUGGUUGUGGUGGAUAUCAAAUAGGCUAUCUCUGGACUAAUCCAGUCCCAAAAGAUGCAUUAGAAGAUGAACAAAUAAUUAGUGAGGAUCUACAAAAUAAACCACAGGACUUAGAAAUUGCUUCAUUUUCAGUGGAAAAGCCCUCUUACGCGCAACCAGUGUCAGAGGAUGGUGUUAUUUGGGGAUGGCAAAAUAGAGGUGAACAGUUAGCUCCAACAACCAAGGUUUCAGAGCUAAACCCUAAUGCAAAAGUAUGGGGGAAUCAUGUGCUACAUUUGGAAGCAAGUAGUACAAGUGAUGGCAGUGUGAAUAAAACUUGGGAAGAAAUAUCUGACCAUCCUCCAGACUGCUGCAAAGAGGGAUUGGAUGGCAAUGGCGAUGGUGACAAAAGCCAUGAGAAUGCAGCAUUACCAGAUUUACAGGAGUCAGACCAAGCAGAUAUGAACACUUUGGCUCUGGAUCACUCAGAAUAUGAAUCUCUGCCUGAAAAUAGUGAAAUGGGAGGAAAUGAGUCUCAACCCGAAAGCCAAGAAGACCCCAGAGAAGUGCUUAAAAAAACAUUGGAAUUCUGCUUAUCUAGGGAGAAUCUUGCUAGUGAUAUGUACCUUAUAUCACAGAUGGAUAGUGAUCAGUAUGUGCCAAUUACAACGGUAGCAAACCUUGACCAUAUCAAGAAACUCAGCACUGAUGUGGAUUUGAUUGUUGAAGUGCUAAGAUCAUUACCUUUAGUCCAAGUAGAUGAGAAAGGAGAAAAAGUAAGGCCAAAUCAAAAUCGUUGCAUAGUAAUAUUGCGUGAAAUAUCUGAGUCUACCCCUAUAGAAGAAGUAGAAGCACUUUUUAAAGGAGAUAAUUUACCGAAAUUUAUAAACUGUGAAUUUGCCUAUAACGAUAAUUGGUUUAUCACAUUUGAAACAGAAGCUGAUGCACAACAGGCUUACAAAUACCUGCGAGAAGAAGUCAAAACUUUCCAAGGAAAACCAAUUAAGGCACGGAUAAAAGCAAAGGCAAUAGCUAUAAACACGUUUUUGCCAAAGAAUGGAUUUAGACCUCUGGAUAUGAACCUCUAUACGCAGCAGCGUUAUACAACAUCAUUUUAUUUACCUCCAGUAUAUAGUCCCCAACAGCAGUUUCCUUUGUAUGGCUUAAUUACUCCACAGACAUGGUCAACAACACAUAGCUAUCUUGAUCCAUCCUUGGUAACUCCAUUUCCAAAUACUGGAUUUAUAAAUGGGUUUACGUCUCCAACCUUCAAACCUGCAACAUCUCCUCUGACUUCACUCAGACAGUAUCCUCCUAGAAGCAGGAACCCUAGCAAGUCACAUCUGCGCCAUACAAUUCCUAAUGCAGAGAGAGGACCUGGAUUAUUAGAAAGUCCUUCAAUAUUUAACUUUACUGCUGAUCGAUUAAUUAAUGGUGUCCGGAGCCAACAAACAAGGCAAACAGGUCAAACUAGAACACGGAUACAAAACCCUUCAAAUUAUGCCAAGAGAGAUAUUGGAAUGGGGCGAGUGGAACAGAGUAGUCUUGAAUCAUCUGCUGGUUUAGGUAGAGGAAGGAAAAAUUCUUUUGGCUAUCGGAAGAAAAGAGAGGACAAGUUUACAAGGAGUCAAACUCAGUCUCCGACGCCACCAAAGCCUCCAUCUCCUAGCUUUGAAUUAGGGCUCUCCAACUUUCCUCCUUUGCCUGGAGCUGUAGGCAAUUUAAAGGCGGAGGACUUGUUUGAAAACAGGCUAUCUAGCUUGAUAAUAGGAUCAUCAAAAGAAAGGAACCUAAAUGUGGAUGCAAGUACAAACACUAUUCCUGCGGUAAUCCCCAGAGAGCCAUCAGUGACAGUUUCUUGUGCUGUAUCAGCAACAUAUGAACAAUCUCCUUCCCCAGCCCAUUUACCUGACGAUUCCAAGGUUAUAGAAAAGCAGAGGGAAACACAAAGUAUGGAAAGACUCUCUUCUACUCUUACUACUACUGCGUGUAAAUCAGUGCAAGUUAAUGGAACUGCCACAGAAUUGCGGAAACCUAGCUACGCAGAGAUUUGUCAGAGAACAAGUAAAGAGCCUCCUUCUUCCCCAUUGCAACCCCAAAAAGAACAAAAGCCAAACACUGUCGGUUGUGGGAAAGAAGAAAAGAAACUCACUGAACCAGUGGAGAGAUACAGAGAACCCCCUCCCCUGAAGUCAAAUCCAGGACAACCCAAAGAUCAGAGGAGGCAACUGGGACGCAGAUCCUCUCCUCCAACUGUUGGGAAGCGUUUAAAUAGAGAGCAGAACACACCUCCCAAGUCUCCUCAGUGAAAAUUGUAUGUUGGGAGGAGUUGCAAAAGAGUUCUGUUUAACCACAAAUGAAACACUGUUCCUGCUCAGUACAGAGAAUGAGUUGCUGGUUAGGAGCUUGCAGUAUAUAUGAGGCAUAUGAAAUGCCUGCAAGUUAUUUUUCUUCUAUGAGUCGGAUUUUCCCCUUCUUGAAAAAAAUCUGUUUUUCAGGAUUUAAUUAACAUAAACCUUAUUUUAGGUUGGUGCUUAACUGGAGGUGAUGCAUACGUCUUAUUUUUUUCAGGACAGAAAAUGCAUUUAUCCCUACAAAUUGAUAUUUUUUAUUAAGCCGUGGCUAUGAAUGCAAGCUAUAUAUAGUGAGAUUUUCUAAAUUAAGUGGAACUAUGCUACUUCAUUUUUUUAAAAUAACUGGUUUGCAAGUACAUAUCUUUAAAAUGUCAACAGACUGAUGAGCGCUGAUGACAGUGAGUGCAAGAUUACACUGGUAAACAUGACAUGUUGGAUUGUUGUGACACACUGGCAUAAGAACUGUACUUUUUACUUAAACUGUUAACAGGUUAUUGUAGAAUGCAUCUUUAUUUUUUUUAAUGUAACUUUUCUUUUUGGUCUUCUGGGCAAAAUGAACCUGCAGAGAGCACCAUAGAGAGAUCUGAAACAUUUGAGUUUUCAUGUACUGCAAGCAAGUAACCAGCUUCUCACUCCAGUUUCAAAUGGCUAUUAUGUAAAAUAAAUUCAAAGCACAUUGUUAAUAGAAUUUAAAUGAAAAUAUAAACUUUCUUGCCAAUUGACAUGUUACCACAAAAUUGUACAAUAAUGUUUUAGUAACUUGUGAGUUGGCACCCUUUUGUGCUGGCAAGGAAGGUGAUAAAAGUCUCCACUUACUUUGUGGUUUUCCCUCUACCUAGUGCUCAUGCUCUAUAUAGAUUUCUGUCAUCAUUUCCCCCAAGUACUCUUUGAAAGAGUCCAUAUUUUAGUCAGCUCUGUGUUGACAUCUUCUGUACCUCUGCAUUGGCACAUGGAUUUAAAAGUUACUUAAUCGUGAGAGAAUGGUGUUUGUGGUUUUUUUCCCCCCUCUUUGGGUGGUGGAGGACGAAAAUUCCUGCUCUCUUUACCUCCAAGAUGAGGUUUCUCAUUGAUUCACUUCUGGAAGUGCUACACUUCUGAAGAACAAGGAUGCACUAAAUUUAGCAAGUUUCUAAUAAAGUUAAAUAUAAAUUAUUUUGUUUUAAAAUGCCUAAAUUUUUAUUUGAGUAUUCUAAGCAGCAGACAUUAAAAUAACAAUAUUUCCUGCUAAAUGUAACAAUACAGUUUAUUCCACAAAAUGUUAUUUAACAAGACUGAGUUGUUGUUUUUUUGUUUUUGUUUUUUUUUUUAAAAUUAUUUCCAUCCAAUAUUUAAAGACUUGAAUUUUAUUUAAACUUGAAAAUGACUUUGCCUUAACUUUUGUAUAAGACAGCUUAGAGUUAAUGGAGACCGGCCCCCUGGGUUGGCAUGAGUGGAUUACAGUUACUCAGUUACUGUGUAGAUCUAUUAUUGUUAGUUUUACUGAGUAAGCAGACUGAAGUACAAGAACUAGCAGUAGUUUUUGUAAUAUACUUUAAAGAUCUUAAACAGUUGAUCUUUUUUCAGAUUGUUGAAAAAUCCUGUAAAUGCAAAUAGUCAAUACUGUUAUUAAAUAUGUGCACUUGGAAGUGUGUGCUUUGCUUGUACAGUUGUAAAUAAUCAGAACAUAUUAAAAAGGUACCCUAAAGAGAAAAAUCUGAUAAAAAUUAUUGAUAUAUCAUAAAUGUUGCUGUUGAGCUGGAUGUAGAUAAACUAAAUGUUGUGGUUUGAGUAUUUUAAUUUGUUCAGGUUUUUUUUUUUUUCUGCUUUUCUUUUCUCUUAUACUGGUGUGUUGAACUGAUUCUGCCUCUUUGCUGCAAAAGGGAAAUAGGAAGUCUUAUUAAAAGCCUUCAAAGGUUUUCAUACUCUUAAAAACUAUGUAUUUUAUCUAAUGUAAGAGGAUUUUGAAGUAUAAUAUAGAAAGCAGAAACUGGCAGUAUCUUUAAAUGGUAAAGUAAAAAAAUAAUAAUCUAUUGAUUAAAAUCAUACAUAACUAAGUAUUAUUUACCCUGCCAGAGGAAAACUCACCUUGAUAUAUAUGAUCACAUUUCCUUCAGAGCAGUUGUUGUUAUUUAAAUAUGUCAUGCUAAUAUAUUUCAAAUGCCUGUAAAGGGAACAUGGGAAUUUAUUUCUUUGUAGUUGUCAAAUCGAUGACUGAAAAAUCAGAAUUAAUUGACCUCUUAACCUUAAACUAAUGAAUACUGUACAAAGAGUUGGAAAGGCAAACUCUAAGACCUAGUAAUUCUUAAUGUUGUAGUCUUGCUGAAGGAAGAAACAUGAUGUCGUCAGCCAUUGUCAUCACCAGAAUUACAAAUCCUAGUGAGCCAAGUCACUGGUUUUUAAUAAUGAUAAAUCCUUUUCCCUGAAGGCAGUGAACUUUGCAGCUUGAUUUGUGUAUGGAUAAAGCCAGCUGUAGGUAUUUGCUUUGUUUGUUGGCUGAAAGUGUAAAGCUCAACAGCUGCAAACAGGAAAAACAAAAAAACAAAACAAAAAAAAAAAACAGUGGUCACUUACAGUAGCAACAGUGUACAGCUAAUCAUUAUAGUGAACUGGUACAUUAUAAUAUAUUGAGACCAGCAGGGUGUGUUGUGCUGUUCUGAUGUAUUCUGCUGCCGUUUGUACUAGGUCAAUACACUGUAAUUACUGCUUUACCCAGCAACAGUCUGUUGCAUCAAGAGUUGAAACCUUGCUCUGAUGUGAUUUUUUUUUUUUUUAGUAUUCUUUUUAAUUAAGCAAAGGUGGUAUGC